GAGCAGCGGCAACACUCUUGUGCGUGGAUCCUUGGCGAGAGGACAGCAGCAGCAGCAGCAGCAGCAUCAGCAUCAGCAUCAAAAUCAGCAUCAGCAUCAGCAGCAGCAUCAGCAGCAGCAUCAGCAGCAGCAGGAGGAGGAGGAUACAUCCCGGACCAAACUGCCCCGAGCAUCAUGGUCGCUGUGAGAAUCGUCGCCUGCCUGUCCCUGCUGGUGGGCGCCUCGCUCCAGGUGGACGUGAAAAGUGGCCAAGACGAAGCCGGCAAAGCGGGGAAUUUCAUGGAGGACGAGCAAUGGCUGUCAACCAUCUCCCAGUACAGUCGCAAGCUCAAGCACUGGAAUCGCUUCAGAGACGAAGUCGAGGAUGACUACAUCAAAAACACGGAGGAGAACAUGGGUUCUGAUGAAACCGUGGACACCACCAAGGACCCUUGCCAGAAUGUGAAGUGCAGCCGCCAUAAGGUGUGCGUCGCCCAGGGCUACCAGCGGGCCAUGUGUGUCAACCGCAAGAAGCUCGAGCACAGAGUCAAACAGUCGGAGCACCUUGAGGCCCGUGAAAGCGGCUGCAAGCCUUGCCCUGUGGCGGCCUCCUCGCCCGUGUGCGGCUCUGAUGGACACAACUACGCCUCUGAGUGUAAGCUGCAGCAGCAGGCCUGCCUCGCCGGCAAAGACCUGAACAUCAUGUGUGCUGGUUUCUGCCCCUGCGCCACAGCCUCCGUCACCAUCACGAGCACUGACGCCAAACGUGAGAGCUGCACUGGCCAGGACCUGGCAGACCUGGGCGACCGCCUGAGAGACUGGUUCCAACUCCUUCACGGAAACGCGAAGCGGAACAACUCUGGCAAGCUCGGAGCUGGCGCCACUUCAGUGCUGGACAAGAGCCUGGUGGCCAGCUGCAAGGACUCCAUCGGCUGGAUGUUCUCGAAGCUGGACACCAACAGCGACCUGUACCUGGACCAAGCCGAGCUGGCCGCCAUCAACCUGGACAAGUACGAGGUGUGCAUCCGACCCUUCUUCAACUCCUGCGACGGCUACAAAGACGGGAAGGUCUCCACAGCGGAGUGGUGCCUCUGCUUCUGGAGAGAAAAGCCGCCAUGCCUCGCUGAGCUGGAGAGGAUCCAGGUGCAGGAGGCGGCCAAGAAGAAGCCUGGGAUGUACAUCCCCAGCUGCGAUGAGGACGGCUACUACAAGAAAGUGCAGUGUGACCAGGGCCGAGGGGAGUGCUGGUGCGUCGACCAGCACGGUGGAGAGAUGACGGGCACCAGAAUCCAUGGCAACCCCGACUGUGAUGAAGUGGCCGGAUAUUCCGGAGAUUUUGGGAGCGGGGUGGGAUGGGAGGAUGAAGAGGAGAAGGAGGCAGAGGACAACGGUGAGGAGGCAGAAGAGGAGGAGGAGGAGGAGGGCGAGGCGGACGACGGAGGGUACAUCUGGUAGAAGUGUCUGACCCCGCGCAGAGAGCCGAGUCACAGCCGCUGGCCUGAAAAUCGACAGGGUUGGCUCUCUCCUCACAGCUAAAGAUUUUGGGAUUGGACUGGGCAUGGAAUUAUGUAUCAUCCUGGUGGGGUAUGUGUGUUACUGAGCAGGUCCAGGGAUGAGAUGAUGACCCGUUUUUUUUUGUCUUAGAUAUGUGUAAUUGCUUCAUUCUCCCCUCUGUCCUUUGAGCCCCAGAGCUUUUUGUUUUGCCGCCCUGACGAGCAGGAUCCACCGACGACUGCGCCAUAGGUAGCUAAAAGGCCGUCAGAAUUCCUAUCUCGUCCGACCGCCAUCUAUGCAUAUAGAGAUUACCAGUAAUUUUGUAUCGUGUGAACAACUGCUUGAGUGUUAGAGCUGCCGUCGAAAAACUGGAAUGACAAGGGAUCAGAGUUUAAAAGGAAUAGUUUGACAUUUUGGGAGAUAAGCUUGUUUGCAGAGAGGUAGAUGGGCAGGCUGAUCCCACUCUCGUGGCAGGAAGUUCAGAUUGGAAACGGGCAAACGGUUGCCUCCCUGAGAGCAAAAUUAAACUUUUGGCUCGACAUAUGCCCGCGUCCUCGGCCCAAGUUAGGCCUGUACACUUUUGCAUCUGGGCUGUGGUUCUCCAGUGUCCGUCGACCGCCAGGAAGACCUCCUGACUGUGCAAUAGGAAGAAGCAGGUCGGAAUGGAGCCGGGAAACUGUGCAUACGUUCACCCAGAAGAAACACAAAUAUGUGUAUCCUCCGAAUUAUUUUUGCUGUCUGGGCUGCGGUCCAAAGACUGGAAAUAAAAUAAAAAAUCUGCCUAUCAAAACCUGCAACGCUUAUUAAAACAUCUUAUGUAUCAUUUGUUUACUCUGUACAAAAACCACAGUGCAAUGUUUUUUUCUAUGAAGCAUAUUGUGGCGGACUAUCCAGAAAUCCACUGUGCCGGGGUAAGAAACAACACCCUGUAAAAAAAAAGAAGAAGAAGCUCUCUGUCGUUUUGCAUGGAUCAAACCAAUGAAAUCUAAAGUCUCAGCCUGAUGUUUGCUCCACGCUUCCAGUCUUUGAAUGACUGUGACGGAUAUUUUGGGAAUAACGCCGCGUUAGAUGGCAGAGUGAGAACAAUGUGACAAACCUACAGUUCUAACCUGGCAGACACACACAGUUAGAGACUAGCUGGGGAACAAAGUGGAGCGUUUCAAGUUUGAAGAGUCAGAUAUUUUUUUCCUCGGGAGUUGGUAGAGAACAAAACCAGAGCGAAAAGAGAAUCGCUGGAUUUAUAUUCAUCGAGUGAACAGGAACAUGACCCCAAAUAUGACUCUCCACAGCUUCUGAAUGUGUAAAUAUGCAACUGAGAUGAUGAUCGUGUUCACAAAUUGUUUCUGCGAGUGGCCCGAGAGGAUAAAUCGAUCUCUCGUUGCAGGUUUAGGUGGCACCGAUCUUCUCCCCGGUGAGGCAAAUGAGCCCGUCGCCCAAAAUGUCAAACCUGCUCCUUUGAAAACCGUUCAGUGCAAUGUGUCAUGUGUUUCUAAACUGACUUUGUAUAUAAACUCAGUGUAAAUUAUCUGUGAGGAAAGCGGAGGGGAUUUCAGGUUAUUAGGGUUUCAAGAUACCUUUAUGAUAAAAAAGGUGCGCCGCAGCUCAUAGCAGUUUUCAAAUCUCAUUUAGGCAGACACACGCAACUAUACAGGACCUAAUAUAUUUCCAGUCGGAUUACUUUUAAUGAAAACCCAUAGAACAAGUAGAAACCACUGAUCACUGUCCUCUGCUUACUGAAAUCAUGUCCAAGAAUGUGGCACAACUGCGUUUCACUCUUGAGUUUGCAACUUGAAAAUCUGUACUUUGUGUUUAUUUGAAAAAACAAAAGAAAUACGUGUGCAUUACUUGAAGUUCUGUGUGUAUACUUGAAUUCACAUUGUAAUUUUCUUUUUUCUAUGAGAGUACUGUUGCCAUGUCUUCAUCCGUGCUUAUCGAUAGGCCAGACAUUUGGUUGUUUUUAGUAUUGCAUGUUAGUAAAUAAGAAUGUAAUUCUAGGCUGAGCACUUUACUAAUAAAGGCACUGGAGCCAAUAAGCUGCGUGUUGAUUUCAA